CUCUGUUCGCGACCGUGGAGGCGACCGUCCGCGCUUCACCUUCUCCUCCCCCUUUCCUCUGAUUCCAAGCUUACCUUCCCUAAUUAGGGUUCCAUUUCGUCUCUUCUCUCGUCCCAUCAAAGGCGCAUUGAUCCCUUUCGGCGUUCCGCUCCCAGAUCUCGGACUCGGAACCGAUUCCGUCCGCCGGAUCUGAUCUCUUCGGCGGGAUCCCGACGAGAUCGCGCCUUGAUUCGAUAGAUCUGGUCCUUCUGCCUUGUCGAAAUCCUCCCCGGCCGCUAUGUUUCUCGUAGAUUGGUUCUACGGGGUCCUCGCCUCCCUUGGUCUGUGGCAGAAGGAGGCCAAGAUCUUGUUCUUGGGACUCGAUAACGCUGGGAAGACCACGCUGCUUCAUAUGCUCAAGGAUGAGAGAUUAGUUCAGCACCAGCCGACGCAGUAUCCGACGUCGGAGGAGCUGAGCAUCGGGAAGAUCAAGUUCAAGGCUUUCGAUCUGGGAGGCCAUCAGAUCGCACGACGUGUCUGGAAGGAUUACUACGCUAAGGUGGAUGCAGUGGUAUACCUGGUGGACGCAAAUGACAAGGAGAGGUUUGCAGAGUCAAAGAAGGAACUGGAUGCACUUCUCUCUGAUGAUUCCUUGGCAAAUGUCCCCUUCCUCAUCCUGGGCAACAAAAUCGACAUUCCAUAUGCAGCAUCAGAGGACGAGUUGAGGUUCCAUCUAGGCCUGAACAACUUCACAACAGGAAAGGGCAAGGUGAAUCUCACAGACUCCAACGUCCGCCCCCUUGAGGUCUUCAUGUGCAGCAUCGUGCGCAAGAUGGGCUACGGCGAUGGCUUCAAGUGGGUUUCCCAAUACAUCAAGUAGUAGGAUUGCGCCUUUGAGGCCAUGUGGUGGUCUAAACCAUAAGAACUCGAACGCUCUACCUGCCCCAUGGUUCUCGGAUUCUUAGUUGUGGUUGGAACUCUCACUCUCGUGUUAUCUGUUCUGUUGUGUUUAGACUCUUAUUUUAAAGGACCAUGGAACACUGGUGCAAAACAGGAUAUUGUGAUCCUAAAAAUCUGGUUGAUGUUUUGGUUCGUUUCUCAAAUUAUUUAUACGAGGGAGGGUUAAUGAUCUAAAA